ACUAUUUCUCCUCUCGCUCCGGAAGAACCGAGCCACGGAUCCCCCCGAUAUCCUAGCGAACCUGACGCCUUCCAGCCCAAGAAGAUGGCCGAUCCUUGGCAGGAAUGCAUGGAUUAUGCAGUCACCCUAGCAAGACAAGCUGGAGAGGUGGUUCGUGAAGCUCUAAAAAAUGAAAUGAAUGUUAUGAUUAAAAGUUCUCCAGCUGAUUUGGUAACUGCUACUGACCAAAAAGUUGAAAAAAUGCUUAUCUCUUCCAUAAAGAAAAAGUAUCCAUCUCACAGUUUCAUCGGUGAGGAAUCGGUGGCAGCUGGGGAAAAAAGUCUCUUAACUGACAACCCCACAUGGAUCAUUGACCCUAUUGAUGGGACAACUAACUUUGUACACAGAUUUCCUUUUGUAGCUGUUUCGAUUGGCUUUGUUGUAAAUAAAAAGAUGGAAUUUGGAGUUGUAUACAGUUGUGUGGAGGAUAAGAUGUAUACUGGUCGGAAAGGGAAAGGUGCCUUUUGCAAUGGUCAAAAACUACAGGUUUCACAACAACAAGAUAUUACGAAAUCACUCCUGGUGACAGAGUUCGGCUCUUCCAGAACACCAGAGACUAUAAAAACUGUUCUUUCUAAUAUGGAAAAACUUCUUUGCAUUCCCAUUCAUGGGAUUCGAGGUGUUGGAACAGCAGCUAUUAAUAUGUGCCUGGUGGCAACUGGAGCUGCAGAUGCAUAUUAUGAAAUGGGAAUUCACUGCUGGGAUAUGGCAGGAGCUGGCAUUAUUGUUACUGAAGCUGGUGGGGUACUAAUGGAUGUAACAGGUGGAUCAUUUGAUUUGAUGUCACGAAGAAUAAUUGCUGCAAGUAGUAAAACAAUAGCAGAAAGAAUAGCCAAAGAAAUUCAGAUAAUACCUUUACAAAGAGACGAUGAAGAUUAACUGCAGCAACCACACAUAUUUGACCAUAGUUGUUUCUCCCAAGAUUUGCUGACAUACUUGAUAGUGUUAAAAAAUUUAGACAUUUGUUCAGAUAUAUAAUAUGGUUGGUUUAAAUUGUCUUUAAUGUUCAGCCUAAGAUAUUGCAACUUCUAAGUUUUAAUGAGACUAGAUAUGUAAGAAUAGACGAAAUGUUUAUAUCACUGUUUAAAAAAAUUGCAUGUAAGAGUGUGCUUUGGGAAAAAUACACGGGCAGUUCAUGAGAUAGGUGUCACAUUAAAUGAAAUAAUAGCAAUUUAGAGUUUCUAAGUACAUAUGAACCUCUGAAAUUUUGACUAUUUGUGUACAUAAGCAUUUUAAAUUAGAAAGCAAACUUUUUGAGAGAGGAAAAAAAUUCUCUCAAGUUCCAAAAGCCAUAUUCAAUUAAGUUUAAGACUAUAAUAAGUACUUCCUAAGCCAAGGGUUCUUUCUUUGUAGAGAGCCAUAUUUUGUUCAUCUUUUUACAGGUAGCCCUUAGCACAUUACCUGUCAAAUAUUAGACACUUCAAAAAUAAGCAUUGGAAAGAAUAUUUUGACGAUAGCAAUUCCUCCUUAUAACAGAUAAUGAAUUCACCAUUCUGUAUUUUUACUUUAAGUUUUAAAAAUUAUCUAGUUAUCCUUUUUUCUAUUUCACAUUACCAUGUCAUUUCAAUUACCAUGCUGUCAGACUUUACUUAUUUUCUGCAGUUAAUAUAUUUUCUAAAACACUGCAUUACAGUAUUUGUUUGGAUUUCUUUAAAGUUUCCAUGUAAAAGAGAAGAAAAAUUCAUAAAAGCACUUUCAUCAGAUAUCUGAUAUAAUUAGAUACAGCAUAACAUUUUACUAAGCUCAGUAUUCAUAUUAUGAAGAUGUUUCUACUGAUCUAAUUGUACACAGAUCCUGGCAAAUAUACUGUACUGUUAAUAUUGAACUUUCAUUUCUUCCUAAACUCCUUAUUUAACUUCACUGUCACUUUAAAUGUUCUUUGAUAGCCUUUGACUUAUUAAACUCAAGAAAAAUUGUUCUGGUUCAUAGACAUUUUUAAAAUAUUAAUUUAUUGCUUAGCCUUGUCUCUUGCCAUGUGAACAGACUAUCAAGUUUUGUUAUGGUUUCAUGGGAGCUUUGUAUUUAAUAAAAUGAAAAUGCUUCUACAAAGUU